CCUGGAUAGAGACGGUCGGGGUUAGGACGCAAUCCGCGUCCCCGUGGACCGUAUCUUGGCGCCAGAAAAACCAACUCCCACCGUCGAUCUGGUUCUCCGACUUCUGAAGGCUGCAGAAAGGAGAAAGGGUUUGAAAAUGGAAGCGCUGCAGUUCCUAUUUUCCGUUGAAUCUUGGAGAAUGGCUGUGUUCUGGACACUAUCUCUCAUCUUCUCAUACCUCCAUCUCCUCUUCAGAGGAAUUUUUCAGAAAUCCCAAUCCUACCCUCGCCGCUCCCUGCACCCUUCGUCAGAGCAGCCCAUCUGCAUCAUCACUGGGGCCACUUCUGGUUUGGGUGCAGCAGCUGCAAAAUAUCUUUCUAGGGAAGGUUACUAUGUUGUUCUUGUUGGACGGUCUUCUCAUUUGCUGUCUAAGACUAUUCAAGAGAUCAAGCAACAACAGGAAGACGUUCAUCUGAAAGCAUUGCAGGUUGAUUUGUCAUCCUUUCAGUCUAUGCUGUCGUUCAAAAGUUCUCUUGAACAAUGGCUUCUAGAUACGAAUCUGCAUCCCUCUGUCCAACUCCUGAUAAACAAUGCGGGGAUAUUGGCAACAUCAUGUAGAUUCACCGCUGAAGGAUAUGAUCAGAUGGUGGAGACAAAUUACAUUGGUGCGUUUGCUCUGACCAAUCUUCUUUUACCAAUGCUAAAAAACAGCUCCACACCAUCUCGGAUAGUCAAUGUGACAUCUUUUACUCAUCGAUGUGUAUCACAGAUAGAGGUAGAUGAGGAAACAUUGUCUGGGAAAUAUCUCAAAUGUUUCUCAAAAUCAGGACGCUAUCCAUUUGCACGUACUUAUGAAUACUCCAAACUUUGCUUACUGUUAUUCUCAUACGAGCUUCAUCGACAGCUUUUCUUGAUGGAUCCAUCUCAUCAUAUAUCUGUCAUUUAUUGCCGUUAUCCCCAAUUCAGGGCUGCGGAUCCUGGAGCAGUCAAGACCGCCAUCAUGCGAGAAGUCCCUCGACAUGUCUCUCAAUUGGCUUUCACUGUUCUGAAAUCUCUGGGGAUUCUGCAAUCACCUGAAAAUGGAGUUGAUUCAAUCAUUGAUGCAGCUCUUGCACCACGAGAAGCUUCGGGACAAUACUUCUUUGGAGGCAAAGGUAGGACAAUGAAGUCCUCCCCGCUUUCUUACGAUGCCAAACUAGCCGAAAAACUCUGGGCCAGCUCUUGUGAGCUGCUUCGGGAGGCACAACUUACAAUGCAGGAAUCUACCAAGGCUUCUUGAAUCCACAAUUCAUCAACAGCCAAAUGGAAACGGUUACUGUAAGCUGCAUUUGGUCUAACAAUAGUUGAAAGCAUGAGAUUUUAUACA